ACCGGAUAUGACGCAAGGGAAAUGGAUGACCGAAUUAAAGCAAAACAGGAAACGCGAGUUUUGUCGAAAGAGAAUUCAUUUGCCAUGAAUAUUUUGUAGCUACUGUUUUUAUUUUUAAGUAUGCCAACAGUUAUUUUAGCAGCGGUGCCAUUCAUUUCCAUAAUACCAGCUUGCUACCUAUUCUUUUAAGACCACAAUGACAAGAAUCAGAGCAUACCUGGAAAGCCUGAAACAGUGUUUGAAGGUUGAACACUUCAGAGAAGUUGGCCGCCAGUACCCCGUCUUCUGUUUCGUUUUACUGUUUUUGCUUCUGUCAACUGUUGUUCUGAACAGGUAUCUUCACAUUUUGAUGGUUUUCUGGUCGUUCCUGGCAGGCGUGGUUACUUUCUAUUGCUCCCUCAACCCAGAAUCUCUGCUUCCUAACAUCAUCUUCACAAUAAAGCCAAAGACCAAGCAGGUGCAGCAGGAGUUGUUUCCCUCGGGUCAUAGCUGUGCAGUCUGCGGGAAAACAAAGUGUGAACGCCACAGACCAACACUGCUCCUGGAAAACUAUCAGCCAUGGCUGGAUUUGAAAGUGCAUUCCAAAGUGGAUGCGUCUCUUUCAGAAGUUUUGGAGUUGGUCCUGGAAAACUUUGUGUAUCCAUGGUACAGGGACAUCACGGAUGACGAAUCGUUCGUGGACGAGUUGCGAGUGACGUUGCGCUUCUCCGUGGCUGUCUUGGUCCGCAGGGCACAGAAGAUUGACGUUCCAUCCCUUAUAACAAGCAAACUACUGAAAGCUGCCAUGAAGCACAUUGAAAUCAUUGCAAAAGCACAUCAAAAAGUGAAGAACUCGGAGUACCUGCAGCAGGCCGCUCUUGAGGAGUACGGGCCUGACCUGCACGUGGCCCUGCGCAGCCGCAAGGACGAGCUGCAAUAUCUCAGGAAGCUGACGGAGGUGCUCUUCCCUUACAUCCUGCCCCCCAAGGCCAGCGACUGCAGAUCUCUUGUCCUGCUGAUUCGGGAGGUGCUGACUGGGUCCGUUUUCCUCCCCUCCAUGGAUUUCCUUGCCGAUCCUGACACCGUGAAUCACUUAGCUCUCAUCAUCAUAGAUGACACACCACCCGAGCCGGCCCUGGAGCCCCCGUCUACCAUGGUCCCGUUCCUGCAGAAGUACACCGAGCCCCGCAACAAGAAGCCAUCCGUGCUGAAGCUGGAGCUGAAGGAGAUCCGUAAGCAGCAGGACAUGCUGUUCCGCUUCAUGAACUUCCUGAAGCAAGAGGGCGCUGUCCACGUGCUGCAGUUCUGUCUCGCCGUGGAGGAGUUCAAUGACAAGAUCCUGCAGCCCGAGCUGAGCGACGGGGAGAUGCAAAGCCUUCACGAGGAAGUGAGGCAGAUCUACAAAACCUACUGCCUGGACGAGAGCAUCGACAAGAUCCGCUUCGACCCUUUCAUCGUGGAGGAAAUCCGUAAUGUCGCCCUGGGGCCCUACAGGGAAGUGGUGAAGCUGCAGACCAUGCGCUGCCUGUUCGAGGCCUACGAGCACGUCCUGUCCCUGCUGGAGAACGUCUUCACCCCCAUGUUCUGCCACAGUGACGAGUAUUUCAGGCAGCUGUUGAGAGGUGCGGAAUCUCCAGCCAGAAGCUCCAAGCUGAGUAGAAAUAGCCUGAGCUUGGACGAUAUCCGGAACCCCUCAAAGAGAGAGUCCUCUGGGAUCAGCCGCAUCGGCAGCAGAAUCAAAGGCGUCUUCAAGAGCACCACCAUGGAAGGGGCCAUGCUGCCAGCCCUCAACGCCGCGGAGGGAGAGGACGACCUGGUGGAAGAGGCCACCGUGGUCCUGGAGGACGACAGCCCCGCUGCGGAGGCGGCGAGCGCCCCCAGCACGCUCCGGAACCUGCUGGCCUGGAGCGUGGAGAUCCCGUACGUGGACUUCUGCGACGACGAGGCCAAGAAGGAGCGGGUCCCCGUCUUCUGCAUCGACGUGAAGCGCAGCGACCGCAAGGAGGUCGGUCACGAGCCAGAGAGCUGGUCUGUGUUCAGGAGAUACCUGGAGUUCUACGUUCUGGAGUCUAAGCUUACGGAGUUUCACGGAUCCUUCCCUGACGCACAACUGCCUUCUAAAAGGAUAAUAGGACCAAAAAACUAUGAGUUCUUAAUGUCAAAGCGGGAGGAAUUUGAGGAAUAUCUACAGAGGCUGCUCCAACACCCCGAGCUGAGCAACAGCCAGCUGCUGGCAGACUUCCUGUCUCCUCACAGCAUGGAGUCCCAGUUCCUGGACAAGAUGCUGCCGGACGUCAACCUGGGAAAGAUUUUCAAAUCGGUCCCCAGUAAAUUAAUUAAAGAGAAAGGCCAGAAUCUGGAGCCUUUCAUCCUGUCCUUCUUCAACUCCUGCGAGUCGCCCAAGCCCAAGCCCAGCCGCCCCGAGCUGACGAUUCUCAGCCCGACAUCGGAGAACAACAAGAAGCUCUUCAGCGAUUUGUACAAAAACAAUGCCAGCCGUUCCGAUGAGAAAAGGCACAACCAGAACUACUUCCUGGAAAUGAUCACAGUGGACGGGGUGUAUGACUACCUCAUGUAUGUGGGCCGCGUGGUGUUCCGCAUCCCCGACUGGAUGCACCACCUGCUGACGAGCGGGCGGAUCCUGUUCAAGAACACGCUGGAGGCCUACGCGGACCACUACCUGCAGUUCAAACUGGACCAGGUCCUCCAGGAGCACCGCGUGGUCUCCCUCAUUACCCUGCUGAGAGAUGCCGUCUUCUGCGAGAACACCGAACCUCGCUCUCCCGAGGACAAGCAGAAACGGGCCAAGCGCACGUUCGAGGAAAUGAUGAGAUACAUUCCAGAUUUCUUGGGAAAAUGCAUCGGAGAGGAGGCCAAGUACGAUGGGGUCCGGCUGCUCUUCGACGGACUGCAGCAGCCGCUACUGAACAAGCAGAUGACUUAUGUGCUACUGGAUAUUGUCACACAAGAGCUUUUUCCUGAGCUGAACACGGCGAAAACAACUGCCGGCAGACAGUGUGGCUCUUCAGGAUCACGGCUAGGUCCCCUGGCCUAGAGUAUGGCAGGAAUCAACGAGGACUACCGCUCACCAGUGCCAUGUUGGAAAGAAGUAGCUUGGCAGCACCACAGUGUAAAUGUGCAGGAUUUUUUAAACACUGUUUUUUUUGUGUGUGGUGAAGCCCUACUCUGGCUUCAGCAGGUACAGGAGCAGGUACCUUUCACACCAAGGACAUCAGCCUGGCCUCUGUCUUCCUUUUAGCCAAAGGAUGUGCAAUAUUCUUUAUAAAACCCCCCGAUUUUCCUGAAUUAUCUUAAUUGGCAUUCAGUGCUGUUAAUCAAUGCUCUCAAAUCUCACAAAUUCAGAAAUCAAUGUCAGUUUUUACCUUUUUUUUUGAGAUGUCAGCAAAUGUUUGUAGAAGCACACCAACAUUCCAAUGUAUAUUAUUAAAUAAAAAAGUAUUUAUUGAUUUUAAAAUGA